AGCAUCAUCACCAUCACCAUCAUCAGCAGCAUCAGCAUCAGCAUCACACAGAGAGACCGAGCGAAAGAAAGAGAGAGAGAGAGAGAGAGAGAGAGAGAGAGAGAGCUCACAACCUGCUGUUGCCGGCUUUCCUGUCCAUGCAUGCUACUAUGAGGAAGCCACUGGAGUGCUAAAGGUCAUCUGGAUUUCCCGCACAGCAGCGGCAUGUAUCGUGUGUGCUAAGCCGUACUAGCCGAGUGUUGCAUCAUGGGUCGCCACGUCGUCCGGAGGAAGCUUCGUCCAGCUCGGGUGAUCGCACUCCUCCUCGGGAUCUUGGCAAUAAGCUCUGUCUCCUUCUCCACCCUCGGUGCCUUCUUCUUCUCCUCCUCGUGGAGCUCCACCUCCCAGCUAGAGGAGCAUCAUGGCCCUGCUCCUCACCGGACUCUCCUCUCGGUUAAUAACACCAUCGAAUCAGGGCAUCAAGGCGAGUAUCCUGAGGACUUGUUCACGCUGGAACAGCGGCGCCAGGGUGCAGUCAUCCUGCACAUGCUCGGCAUGCUGUACAUGUUCAUCGCCUUGGCCAUCGUGUGUGACGAGUUCUUCGUGCCCGCGCUCACGGUCAUCACCGAGAAGCUGGCCAUAUCAGACGACGUAGCCGGAGCCACCUUCAUGGCGGCCGGAGGCUCCGCCCCCGAGCUCUUCACCUCCGUUAUCGGCGUGUUCAUCUCGCACAGCAACGUGGGCAUCGGGACGAUCGUGGGCUCGGCCGUCUUCAACAUCCUGUUCGUGAUCGGCAUGUGCGCCGUGUUCUCGCGCGAGAUCCUCAACCUGACAUGGUGGCCGCUGUUCCGCGACGUCUCCUUCUACAUCCUCGACCUGAUCAUGCUCAUCGUCUUUUUCCUGGACAACACCAUCAGCUGCUGGGAGAGCAUGGCCCUGCUGUUGGCCUACGCCGCCUACGUGCUCUUCAUGAAGUAUAACGCCCAGGUGGAGGCGCUCGUCAAAGGCCUGAUGAACCGCAACCAGGUGGUGGAGGUGGCCGAGCCACAGCCGAAGGUUAGUCCAGUGCCCACGGAGGAUGACAGCAAGCUGUCGGCCAAGCCUCGGCUGCAGAGAGGUGGAAGCUCGGCGUCGCUGCACAACAGCCUGAUGAGGAACAGCAUCUUCCAGCUCAUGAUCCACACGCUAGACCCACUUAGUGAAGAAUUCGCUGACUCUGAGCUGGGGACUUAUGGCAAGCUAAAAUAUUAUCACUCAAUGACCGAAGAAGGAAAGUUCCGUGAGAAAGCGUCCAUCCUUCACAAAAUUGCCAAAAAGAAAUGCCAAGUGGAAGAUGCUAACGGAGUGGCUGAUAAGAACCUCCCGAAUAGCUCCAGCGUGGAGGUGGAAGUUUCUCCACCUCUGAACGGCACAGCGGGGCAAGAGGGAGACGCGGGUGACGAAGACGAUGAGGAAGAUCAGCCCCUGAGCCUGUCGUGGCCCGAGAGCAGCCGUAAGCGUUUCACGUAUCUCUUCCUCCUCCCCAUCGUCUUCCCGCUGUGGAUCACGCUGCCCGACGUCCGUAAACCAACGUCCAAGAAGUUUUUCCCCGUCACGUUCCUGGGUGCCAUCUGCUGGAUCGCUUGCUUCUCUUACCUGAUGGUGUUUCUGGCUCAUCAGGUUGGCGAGACCAUUGGCAUCACAGAGGAGAUCAUGGGGCUGACCAUCCUGGCAGCUGGAACCUCCAUCCCGGAUCUCAUCACCAGUGUCAUCGUGGCCCGGAAAGGUCUCGGAGACAUGGCGGUGUCCAGUUCGGUCGGCUCCAACAUCUUCGACAUCACCGUAGGGCUGCCAUUCCCGUGGCUCAUGUUCUCUCUGGCGAACGGUAUGAGUCCCGUGGAGGUCAGCAGCAACGGCCUCUUCUGUGCCAUCGUGCUCCUCUUCCUCAUGCUCCUCUUCGUCAUCAUCUCCAUCGCCGCCUGCAAGUGGAAGAUGAGCAAGCUGCUGGGCUUCAUCAUGUUCCUCCUCUAUGUGGUCUUCCUGGUGGUCAGCGUCAUGCUGGAGGACAAGAUCAUCGUCUGCCCCGUUUCCAUCUGACGCAACUUCGCUCGCACACUCAGUCCAGCAAAGCACCCUUUCGGCGAAGCUCCGCCCCUUCUCAUCGAAGCAGGAAGUUAAAAUUGAACCUGAACCUCAAGCUGUAGUUCCUUUAAAAAAUCGACCCCUUUAACACAUCAGCGUCUGUUUACACGCCGCCUCACGAAACACUCCUGAUAUCAGCCGAAGCCUCGUCCAUCUCUCUCUCCGAACCUGCUUUCCUCUCAUCACAGCCCUGCCCUUCAUCCUUCAGCUGGAACAGCUGGAUGUCUCUGUGUGUUGUUGUGCGAAUUUCCGGACAACGAAUCUGCUAGAGUCGUGUUUUCAGGAAGUUAGUUAGCUGCUAGUGCUGAGCGAUACGUCACAAAACGGUUCCUGGAACUGUAACAGAAAAGAACCAUCAAAAACUAAGGUAUUGAGUAUAAUAUACUUUUUAUAUUAUUUUAUGAAAUAAUUUGUACUAUGUUCUUUUACAACUUGAACAUAAAGCAAAAAUGUUUACUACGGCAAUUCUGCAAAUAUCUAGACCUAGAUUUUCAACACAGUUCAAGAAAGAAAAAACCAUCCUAAUGCUUUCCAUUAACCAAUAAAAUGAUUUCAAAUAUUUAUAUUUAAUAUUUCAAAGUAUUCCAUCAUGAGAAAAGGGGUCAAUUUCCAUCAGAAAGCAUGCUUUCCUUUAAAUCAGGUAAAUAAAAACUAAUGACCAGAAUGGAAAAGGGCAGAUGAAAACGCGAUGUGCUGUUGCCAUGGAAACCAUGCCACGAAUUUACACCAUUUUGUUGCCCUCUAGUAAAGAAAAAAUAAAUCAACAGUCUGUAAGAAGCAUUAGUGAUGUGAUGAAGUGAACACAGCAAUAAAUAAAAUAAAAUAAAAUAAAAUAAAAUAAAAUAAAAUAAAAUAAAAUAAAAUAAAAUAAAAGUUAAGCUAAAAUUAUUUAUUAAUUCAUAGCAAUUAUUUAUUAAUUCAUAGUUAUUUUUUAUUGUAUAACUACUUUAAAGAAAAAUAAGAAACUGUGACUUUAAGGGGUUAAUUCUAUGACUUUAUACUAAACUGUGGGAUGUUUUCUACUCAAAUUCAUUAUUUUUUAUUAAAGUAAUAAUUUGAUUACGAUUGUCACUAAACAUUGGCUGUUAUUCUGCUCCUGUUGUUGUGUCUUUGACCCCUAACAAUAUUUAGAUUCAAACAAGAAAAAUGGAGGAUGGAAAGAAAACGGGUGUUUUCAAUUUAAAUAAAAAAGCGACAAGAUUUUUAUUUGUAGUUGAGCUAAAAGUGAUUUUUUAAAGAGCAUUUUUGUGAAUUUAAAUUUAAAUCUAAAAAAGGUUUUAAACGCUGUUACAGGGUUUUUUUUUUCCCAGUGGGUAAAACGAUCACUCAGCACUAGUGUUGUAAAUGAAUCCUAAGAGAGAGAGAGAGAGAGAGAGAGAGUCAGAUCAGGAUGUGCUAUGCACAGCAUUUUCUUCAUUGAAUCUGAAACCUCAGAAUUUUCUCCGCAAUCGUCUCACGGGCGACGAUCUGCAGCUACGUUUGCUACAUGAGCACUAACCCAUGCAGCUUCACAUAGACUCAAGAUGUUCUCUAACGAUCACUCCUGGGAUGGACGCUCUGAUGUUUUUACAGAGAAAGCGUGAAUUUAAAAAAAACAGACAACAAAAAUGAUGAUGGAUGAGACAAGAAGGUUUUGAGUGCAUUCGGGCACCAUUUUUAAUGUACAGAUGGUUGUUUUUUUAAACACCCCUCCCCCGCCCAUUUCCUAUCCCCGACAGUCUAAGCCAUCUGACCAACCCCCAACCAUCUCACCCAUCCCCCAACUGUCUCACCCAUCCGACUAUCCACCUUGACAAUCCCCUUGACAAUCUCAACCAUCUGACCAUCCCCUGACCAACUCUCCCGUAUGACCAUCCCCUGACCAACUUUUCUAUCUGACCAUUCCCAAACCAUCUCACCCAUCCGACCACCUCACCCAUCUGACCAUUCCCCGACCAUCUCACCCAUCCCCCAACAAACUCACCCAGCCGACCAACUCCCAACCAUCUUUCCUAUCCCACCCUUCCGACCGUCCCCCAACCAUCUCACCCAUCCAACUGUCCACCCAUCCCCGGACAAUCUCAACCAUCCAACCAUCCCCUGACCAACUCACCCAUCCGACCAUUUCCUGACCAACUCUCCCAUCCUACCAUUCCCCCACCAACUCUCCCAUCCGACCAUCCCCCCACCAACUCUCCCAUCCGACCAUCCCCCCACCAACUCUCCCAUCCGACCAUCCCCCCACCAACUCUCCCAUCCGACCAUCCCCCCUACCAACUCUCCCAUCCGACCAUCCCCCCUACCAACUCUCCCAUCCGACCAUCCCCCCUACCAACUCUCCCAUCCGACCAUCCCCCCACCAACUCUCCCAUCCGACCAUUCCCCCACUAACUCUCCCAUCCGACCAUUCCCCCACCAACUCUCCCAUCCGACCAUCCCCCCACCAACUCUCCCAUCCGACCAUUCCCCCACUAACUCUCCCAUCCGACCAUCCCCUGACCAACUUUUCUAUCUGACCAUUCCCCAACCAUCUCACCCAUCCGACCACCCCCGACCAUCUCACCCAUCCCCCAACAAACUCUCCCAUCCGACCAUUCCCCGACCAAC